AUGGUGAAUGCAUACACAGGAUAUAACUACGAUUUUCAUGAUGAUUCCAUUUUAUUUGAAGACACCAUUGAUAACCUAAAUGAAUAUUUACCACAAUCUUUAAAUGAAUUUAACCUUCAAGAUUUGUUCAGAAUCCGUCAACAAGAGAGGUUAAAAACUGAAUAUGAAUAUUAUCUUGAUGUCAAUAAUAGGAAAGAAUUAUACGAUGGUGAGUUGCCUUCUCUCUUUGAUGAUGAAAGUCAUGGACCAAACACCAAAAUCACUAAGAGGCUUAAGCUAAAGAAAGAUGAAAGACCGAAUUAUUUUAAUAACCUGUGGAAGAUUUAUUAUGCUGCUCAAAUAGUUAACGAUUGGAUUUCAAGUGAUGUUCCAAUGACUGCUGGUGGUGAUGAAAUAUUGAAUAAAAAAACAGAUGCAGGUUCAAUUUUCAGUGAUGCUUUUAAAUGUAUUCAUUUUGGUUCUAUUGAUGAGAUAAAUGAUGAUGAAUUUGCUCGGAAUAUCUAUGAAUUAGAAUUGUUUAUUGAAUAUUCAUUAAACAAAAUGGAUGGGGGUAGUGCUGAGUGUGUUUUACGCCCAUUAUUAAAUACAUUCUCCCGCCUUAGAAUUCAUAAUUUAGGAGCUAAUAAGGUUAAUCCAUCUUUAGAAAGACAAGAUUCCGAAUUCAUUAGAAAAGAUGCCUCAUAUGAAUUUACUGUCAAACCAAUGAUCUACUUUGUUUCUCAGUUACUUUUAGUUCAUGAUGAAUAUGACGUUGGCUAUAGAAGUAUAGACAUAACCAAGAAAACACGUCCAAGUGUAAUUUGGGAAUCUUUAUCGUCUAAUGGUGAACCAUACCCCAGAAGUUUGAGAAAUGAAGAGAUGUUUCAUUUAUUCAAGCCAGAUUUUUUGAUUACACUGAUUCACCCAAAUGAUACAAUAAUACCCGUUUGUGGGAUAGAUAUGGAAUGUCAUGAACUUUCUGGGAUUAUUGAAUCAAACAAAAUUGAUAAUUUUACAAAGUUAUCAAAAAUUUUCCGUGAAGUUGCUCCCUUUCAAAUUUUUAAUAAAUUUAGUAGUUACAUUAUUAGUGAUUUCAAUAUGAGCUUAUAUUUUGAAUAUCCAUUGGGUGAUGGUAAAUGGUGGAGUAAUGAUGAAGAUGAAGUUCACAUUACUGGUGCACCAGUUAAGUUUAAAAUUUUCAACAAUAGUGGUACUACUCCAGCUGAUCGUAUUCCAUUACAGCUUUUGUUGAUGCUAAAAAUUUAUGACACGAUUAGAAGAGUGUUACCUAUGGAUACAUGGUUAAAAGAUUCCAAUGGUGAAGACAUAUUACAUGAAGGAUCAUAUAGAUUACUGGAUCAAGGAUGGAAUGAAAAGGUUUUCAACCCAUUUACAAUAUCACAAUUUAGAUAUGGGUUUAAGAGGAAAAUUGCAGUGGAUAAAUUGGGUAUGAUUCCAGUGGAAGCAACAAGAAGUCCACCCGGAAAUGUAACAGAAGAGAAAGGAAAUGCUACAAAGAGGUUAAAAACUGGAAAGAAAAAUUCUGAUUCAACGAAGCUGUUCCCAAUCAAUACCAGUUUGAAGAUUUCAAAUUAUAGAUUAUUGACUGAAUAUUCAAACAGCAGAGGUAUAAAACUGGUAAUUGAAGGUGUGGACAUAUUUAAAAGCAAUACAAACAUUUCGAAUAAAGUAUUCUUCAAAAUGUUUGAUGUGGCUAAUUUAAAAUAUCUUCAUAGUUAUGUAAACAUUGUUGGUAUGCCGUAUUAUGAAGAAGAAUUCCAAGGGUUUACUGAUUCUGAAAUAGCUGUUUUAUUUUCACUAGAAUAUGACUUCAAAGAUUUUGAAUACAUCAUUGAAAGUUUAAAAGAGAGUUACAUCAAAGAAAUUACGACCCUAAAGAGGAUUAAAGAAUGGAAUUCAACACAUGACAAGAAGGAACAAAUUAAUUCGCCUAAGUUGCUACAUUAUGGAUGGACUUAUCUUGAAUUGUUGUCAAAAGGUCAAGUAGAAUAUUCUUACUGGGGACCAUUCAUCUGUACAGAAUACCUUGAUUUCAUAAAGGAUAAUGAAUAUAAAGAUAAUCCAGAGCGGACUAAGAAUUUGAGCAAUCAAAUUGAAAUUCUUUCAAAAGCUGGGAUUACACAUAAUGAUGUAAAGAAGGAUAAUGUUUGCUUUGAUGAAUCUGAUCAAGCAUAUUUAGUUGAUUUUGGUCAAAGUAUUGUUGAUGGUAAUAAGUAUCUUGAAAAUUAUGACCUUGAGAGAAUUAAUCCAAAUGAGAAAUGUCUCUAG